GCUACGGAUGGACGCUGAAUGGGCCAGAGGCAGGGAUGGUCGGCUAUGACCCCAGAGCUGAUGGCAAAAAUAUCUCCAAGUUCGAGGUGGCAGUGGCUGGCUCCUUGUCUGGACUUGUCACUCGGGCACUGAUCAGUCCCUUGGAUGUCAUCAAGAUCCGUUUCCAGCUUCAGAUCGAACGCCUGUCCCGCAGUGACCCCCGUGCAAAGUACCACGGCAUCCUCCAGGCUGGGAGACAGAUUCUGCAGGAGGAGGGCCCAGCGGCAUUCUGGAAAGGACACAUCCCAGCCCAGCUUCUCUCCAUAGGCUAUGGGGCUGUCCAAUUUCUGUCAUUUGAACUGCUGACAGAGCUGGUGCACAGAGCCACCUUAUACGACGCCCGGGAUUUCUCAGUGCACUUCAUGUGUGGCGGCCUGUCUGCCUGUGCGGCCACCCUCGCCGUGCACCCCGUCGAUGUCCUGCGCACUCGCUUUGCAGCUCAGGGUGAGCCCAGGGUCUAUAAAACCCUCCGAGACGCCAUGGUGACCAUGUACAGGACUGAAGGCCCCUUAGUUUUCUACAAGGGCUUGAACCCCACCUUGAUCGCCAUCUUCCCCUACGCUGGCUUCCAGUUCUCCUUUUACAGCUCCUUGAAGCAUGUGUAUGAAUGGGCCGUGCCGGCCGAAGGAACGACAAAUGGGAACCUUAAAAACCUGGUCUGCGGCAGUGGAGCCGGAGUCAUCAGCAAGACUCUUACAUACCCUCUGGAUCUCUUCAAGAAGCGGCUGCAGGUUGGAGGGUUUGAGCAGGCCCGAACUGCCUUUGGUCAGGUACGAAGCUACAGGGGCCUCCUGGACUGUGCCAAGCAGGUUCUGCAAGAGGAAGGAUCCCAGGGCUUCUUCAAAGGCCUGUCACCCAGCCUGCUGAAGGCAGCUCUCUCCACAGGCCUUGUGUUCUUCUGGUAUGAGUUGUUCUGCAGCUUGUUCCACAGCCUGAAGAAGGCAGACAGCUAG